CUAUUUUCUCAACGACCAUAAUUAUUAAGGUGUGAAAAUAAAACUCUGAAGUUUCACAAUUUGAAACCGCCGCGUGUGCAUUUAUAUUAUUUCUUUCCUUAAGUGGAAAGUUUCUACUGCUUUUGGCGUUACGACAAAUUGUACGUACCUACCAACUUAGUUAGGAAAUGUAUAACUUAAAUGUUCUAAUUUGGAACUAUUCAGACAAUUAAACCUAGGGUUGGCUCAAUUAAGAAGAACAACAGUACAACUCUUUAUGUCUUUAUUUCCAUGAUAUUUAUCAUUGUUUUAAUGGUGAAUAUUGGUUUGGUGUUUGUACAAAUUUCAUAAUUAAUAACUCGAGGUGCAAAACUUUGAGAGUUGUUUACGUAACCGAGCACCCAACACUCUUUGUGUCAUCAGUCAUUACGCUGUGACUACACGCCUUUAUUACAUACCCGGCCAACAAAAGCUCUAAGUAAAGUUGCGAUAAGUUAUUUCAGUCGCUUUUGUAAAUACACAGUAGGUACCUAAAUCAUGUAUUGCAGAUCCCUUAAAUUAUGAAUUUCACAUAUACAACCAUUUUGUCUCUGAAUUCGAUAUAUUUAUUCACAUCACGUUUCGGGCGCAGUGUUUAUCAGAAAUCCUUAUACGUUGUCGGGUUUCAAUACAUUUACUUAAGUUAGGUCAAACACAAAUAUAAUUUGACCACGUUUACGAAGAGCAACAGCGAAAUAUUUAUGUGUUUAAUCAAAGUAUUAUUUAAGCUACUAUUUACAUAAAGAGCAUAUCUAGGUUGUGGUAGUACAAAGACAUAAUUGAUAGAUAUUCGAGUUGUGUAGAAUUUUACUUGGUAAUUCACGUUUUGCCUUGUUCCAGUGCUAUACAUACAUCUCAUCAAAUUUGACAUAAGAGAUGAUUCAGGUGGACAGCUUUAAGCGUCCGUCGCCGUCACCGUCUCGAAGCUCGGUGCGGAGCGACAGCAGAGUGUUCCGGCAGCCGCGCGUCAUCACGGUGAACCGCGAUGCCGCCACCAUGGUGGACGGCGAGGCGAGCGGGCAUAGCGCCGCCGCCAGCGCCGCAUCCGCCGCGCACGCCACGCACGCCGCACACGCCGCACCCGCCGACUGGGAGACGCGCCUCACUCAGAAUGCCGCUCACUUCCGCUCGCGCACCUUCAGCGACGGCUUCAUCCGAAAUACCAGUCUUGAACUCCUGCUCGGUGUUGACUGCGAAGCUUGCCUCGCGCUGGCCGCUCAACGACAGUGUCUCGAUGAACACAUAUCAAAACAUGACUUCGAUUUAGUUUGCAACUGCAAUGUUCAACAAAAUAAUUACGUUAAUUGCCACCGCAACGUAGUGGAUCAGAGAGGCCACACUCUGAACAUCUACGACUUAGAAAGAAUUAAACGGGACACAGGUCGCAGCCAACUUACAAUUGGGUCACAUCGCAGUCUGGAUAGGAAAUUUAACAAAAGCAGAACCAUCGGAGUUUCAAAUUACAUUUCAAAACAGUUAAUAUCAUACGAUCCUAGAAAUACGCUCGUGCAAAAGAUAAAAAGGAAGUUGUCGAACUUAAAAAAGAUGGGCGGCGAAGCAAUAUCAAAAAAACAUCAAAACGCUGUCCAACUGGCCGAGAUAACAUCAGGGUCGACGAGCUCGCUCAAGAAGGCAUCAAUGUUGUCGCUGGCAGACAAGUCGCAGCGGAGAGUCAACAGCCAAAGUUGUAUUUUUACGGCUUCGGGCUAUCAAGGAAAAGAUGACAUGAAAAGCAACGCUUCUACGUAUGCAAAUUUUUCUGGUAAUGUGGACCAAUGUUUUGAUAAAAUGAGAGAUUAUAAUGUAAGUUCAGAUAUAAAUAGACGAACCUCGCAGAAAAUGGUGAAAAUGCGGAGCUUUGAUAAUAACGAUAUACUCAUUACUAGGAGUUCACCGGCAUCCGAGAGAACUAAGUUUUCUACCCUUGACAAUCGGAGCCGAUGUAAAAGUAUCAAAAGGCAAAUGUCAUACAACGAUUUUCCAAGCGAACGAUUUAGAGAUAGAUUAUCGGAGACAUGGACGCGGGACGAGGGCACAAUGGAGUCGAGAAGUACUCGCAGUGAUUUAGUGGAUGACGAUGCACAAAUGUUCCUGGAGGGCGAUGUGAUGUCCAUGAGCGGACCGCGCACCACACACGCGCACUGCACGUGCGACGCCGCACACGACACCAGAUUACCCUCUAUUUUCUACGACACACACGGUAAGAAGCGCGCGACUCCAGCGCCCGACGUGACGGAGCGCGGGCAGGGCGGGCGCGUGUCGUGCUCCGCGUGCAAGUCCCCGCAGUGGCUCCCCACCGGCACCACCUCCACCACGAGCCACAGUUCCACCACCACCGGGAACUCCUCACGUGAGUACCAAUUUAAUAUUACUAAGCUCCAUGUGAUCCGGCUUUCAACGAAAGCUCUAUUCAGGUGCCUUUAGCAUACUAUGUUGUUAGGUAGCCAAAAAAGCAAACAAAAAAAUAAAAUACAGGAAUAAGUCUAAUAAAAGUGUCAUCGCUACUCAAAGAUCACUUAUUUUGAAACGCUUAAAAGUCACUGUCAAUAAAUUAAAUAAAUGAGAGUGGAUACGAAAGAAUAUUUUAUGUAAACUAAACUUCCUACAGCUAAAAUGAUUUAGGGAUAGUAUCUAAAACGGGUUUCCUUGAGCGUAAACUUAAAUUAUCUGCAUGCAAAGCAACGGCUAGUCAUCAUGAAACCGGUCCGGUAAUGACAACCACAAAUAGCGCUCAAAGAACAGUCUUGGGGCAUAUUGCCAAGCGAUGUUGCACUA